AGGUACUUAGGCGUAAAAUGUUCCUCAAGCCAUUUCCUUUCUUCUUCUCUUUUUCUUGUUAGAAAGAAAACGAGCCACCCGACUCGGUCGUUUUCCUCGAAGCGCUGCCGGCGACUCGGUGGUUGUGGCGGCGCCGGCGCCGCUCCUACCUCGACGAGAUGGAGGAUGGUGUGCCUACUUAUACUGUUGACGAGGCACUUGUGUCCAUGGGCUUCGGAAAAUUCCAAGCAUUUGUGCUUGCUUAUUCUGGGAUGGCUAAGAUCUCAGAGGCGAUGGAAAUGAUGCUUUUAUCAUUUGUUGGGCAGUCUGUUCAGGCUGAAUGGGAGCUUUCUGCACAGGCAGAGAGUCUCAUCACAAGUGUUGUAUUUUUGGGGAUGCUUGUAGGAGCAUACUGUUGGGGCUUAGUUUCGGACAACUACGGGAGAAGGGUUGGGUUCAAUUUCACAGCUCUUGUGACUGGUGGGGCUGGUCUUCUCAGUGCAUUUGCCCCAAACUAUUCGUCUUUGAUUGUACUGAGAUUUUUGGUUGGUGUUGGACUGGGUGGUGGCCCAGUUCUAGCUUCUUGGUUUCUGGAGUUCGUCCCUGCUCCUAACCGAGGAACUUGGAUGGUCAUUUUCUCAGCAUUUUGGACCAUUGGUACAAUAAUAGAAGCUUCACUUGCUUGGGCUGUGAUGCCAGCUUUUGGCUGGAGGUGGCUCCUAGCACUCUCAUCAUUGCCAUCAUUUGCCCUACUACUCUUCUACCCAGUGACACUAGAGUCACCAAGAUACUUAUGCAUGAAGGGCAGAAUAGCUGAUGCAGUGCAUGUUAUGGAGACAAUGGCGCGAGUAAACCAUGUAGCUCUCCCUUCUGGUCGCCUUACCUCUGGCCAUCGAAUGGAGCUCCAUGAAGUUGCAGAUUCCUCAGAAACUGCACAGUUGGUUUCAGCUAGGAAAACCAACCCUGUUGAUCAUGCUAACAAAUCUGGGAUUGGGGGCCUCAAUGCCAUCUUAAGGCUUCUGUCCCCAAAUUUAGUUAGAGCAACUCUUCUCCUUUGGACUGUCUUUCUUGGUCUCGCCUUCUUAUACUAUGGUCUUGUUCUGCUAACCUCAGAACUGAGUCAUGGAAAUAGGAUUUGUGGCUCAGAAGGAGCAAUAACAAUUGAAACUAACCACUCAAACGAUGUUAAUCUCUACAGGAAUGUAUUCAUCACUAGCUUUGGAGAGGUUCCUGGCCUUAUACUGUCUGCUGCCAUCGUGGACAAGUUUGGGCGCAAGCUCUCGAUGUCCUCAAUGCUUUAUAUUAGUUGCCUGUGCAUAGCUCCACUUAUGUUUGCUCAAACAGAAUCUCUGACGACCGUCUUCUUGUUUGGAGCGCGCAUGUGCAUAUCCGCGAGCUUCAUUGUCCUGCACAUCUAUGCUCCCGAGAUAUACCCGACAGCAGUCAGGGCGACCGGUGUGGGAAUUGCGAGCUCGAUCGCUCGCUUUGGCGGGAUCUUGUGCCCUCUCGUGGCCGUCGGUCUGGUGCAUGCCUGCCAUCAGACCGCAGCCAUCAUGAUAUUCAUCACUGUUAUGCUCGUGUCAGCUGUCGCCGUGUCAUACUUCCCCCUGGAAACAAGUGGGCGGAAAUUGAGUGACCACAUCGCAGCGUAGAGCAGAGCUGCGAGGGAAGCCUGACAUUGUUCUUGUUGUCAGCAUUAGAUCCUCCAGACACACAAUACAGAGUUGAGGGCCACAGAAGCCAUUCAAUUUUUUUUCUUGAGGUUAUUUUUCCGGUUUUCCCUCUGCAAGGACAUAGAGAAUAGAAAGAAGCAAAGAGGGAUUUCAGGCUCCGGAUGUUUCUAUUACGCUGACUUUUCAAUAGAUAUGUACACUGAUGUCGUUUUUCACUGCUAAUUUGAGAUGUUCCUCGGUGCUUCCAUCUGCAUAAAGCUACAUCUUUUAGGCUUUUAGCACAAAAGGUUACAGGUUGUACAGUACUAGUAACUCCUAAGCAUGUCAAUUUGUCCACCAA